AUGUCUGCCAGCGACCAGCUCAUAGACCACAACGGGUCUACACCAAGGAACGGUGUCCAUGGAAAACAUGACCCAGCUGAAACAAAGUUCCUGCCCAGACAGUUGGUGGACAGUGUACAGAAUCCACAUCUUGUUGGGCAGGAGGAGAAGGCGGGCAAACAUGGUGACGAUGUCUUGGGCAGGCAGACGUGGGCUCGCAAGGUGGAGUACGUGCUCACUACCAUCGGCUUCUGUGUGGGAAUGGGCAACGUACUGAGGUUUCCUUACAUCUGUAUUAGAAAUGGAGGAGGUGCCUUCCUGCUGCCGUACUUUCUAUGCCUGGUUUUGUGUGGAUUACCUCUCUUCUUUCUGGAGGUAGGUUUAGGCCAGUUUCUGUCAAGGGGAGCACUUCACGUCUGGAACAUUUGUCCUCUUUUCAAAGGUAUCGGCAUUACUAUGAACAUCCUUUCAUUGCUCAGCGCUUGGUACUUCAGCAUCAUUAUCUCACUGACCCUGGUCUACGCCUUCCACUCAUUCAAAUCCCCGCUGCCCUGGACGGUCUGUGGUCAAAGCUGGAACUCCGAGUUCUGCAUCCCCUCCGGAGGAGGAGGAGGAGGAGGGUCGGAAGCCACGAAUGUCACCAACAGUUCGCUCGGACAGUUGUUGAACUGGAAUAUGACCAUCAACGGCUCGAGGACUGUGUCCUCCAGUCGCGAGUUCUGGCUAAACAACGUUCUACAACUGUCGUCCGGAUUCGAGGACAUGGGUGGUCUGCCCUGGCACACCUCCUUGGCCUUGUUCCUGGCGGUGGCCGCCAUGUUUGCCUGCAUCAUCCAGGGAGUCCAUUCUGUGGGGAAGGUGGUCUACGUGACAGCAACUGUGCCCUACAUUUUGCUGACGCUUCUGAUCAUCCAGGGGGCCACCCUGCCUGGCGCCAUUGACGGGGUCCUGUUUUACAUUUGGCCUGACUUCUGGAAGCUGACCCACAUCCAGACCUGGGUGGAGGCCUGUAUCCAAGUGUUCUCAUCGCUAGGCCCGGCCUAUGGGGGCCUUAUCACAAUGGCCAGUUAUAACAAGUUCAAUAACAACUGCAUGAGGGACGCCAUCAUCCUCUCGUUUGUCUGCGAGGGGACCAGCAUCUUUGCGGGAUUCGCCAUCUUCACAGUUCUGGGUCACAUGGCCCACACGCUCAACGUCACCGUGUCCACCUUCACUAGUGCAGGACCCGGGCUGGCGUUUGUGGUCUACCCAGAGGCCAUUUCCUACCUGCCAGUGCCCCAACUCUGGGGCAUCUUGUUCUUUGUCAUGUUGUUUACCGUGGCCUUGGAUUCACAGUUUACCCUGGUGGAGACGGUGCUGACCACCUUCCAGGACUACUGGCCGCGGUUCAUGAACAAGUGGAACAUCCUCAUCAAGCUUGUCUGUGGGGUCAUCUUCUUCCUAAUGUGCCUGCCGUUUGCUGCCAGG